AAUUUGUUAGUGAUUGAAGUUGUUUUUAACGCUUCUAGGAACGAAAGAGCAGACAGAAAUGUUUAUAAAGCUCCGGGGAGAGAACGAUGAGCUCUUCACCGGAGCAGAGAACUCUGCCACUGUGGGAUGGAGGAUAGUUUUGGAGAAGAUGGGCCUGUCUGGUAAAGUGACACCAGCCCAAGCAAAGAAAAAGUGGGACAAUUUAAAAAAGAAAUAUAAAGAAUGCAAGUAUCCAGGGUCAGGAGAGGGAGUGAGUGGGAAGCCCACUGCUGCUACUUGGCCCUGGUUUGUCCAAAUGGAUGAGGUUUUAGGACAAAGGCCUUCAAUUUGCCCCCCUGUCCUUAUUGCCUCCAUCCCUAUGGACACUCCAGGGCCAAGUGCAGCAGUGAGUGACCAAGAGGAGAGAGAGGAAGAAGAGAGGGAAGGAGAUAGGCAGCCAGCAGCGAAGAAGAGGAGAAGGGACAGUGACCAGGAGCUGUUAGACCUCAUCAGGGAGGACAUGAGGCAGCAGAGAGAGGCUGAAGAGAGGAGAGCACAGGCUGAAGAGAUGAGGGCACAGGAGAGCAGGGAGAGGAUGGACAGGCUCUUCUCCAUUCUGGAGCGUUGGGUCCCCAAAUAAUUUUUUUUUUUCUUGGGGUGGGAGGGAUUACAUUUUUUCCAUUGUUAGCUUCAGUUUUUUGAAAUAAAUUGUUUGAAAGAAAUACUUCUCAUUCAUUGUAUUUCUUUUUUAUUUUCCAUACUUUUCAAAGUAAAAGGAACAUUUGUAAAGAAAAUUAAGUGUAUAAUUAUUUAAUAACAUUCAGAAAACAAAAUUGAGGUAACAAAAUUCAAGAACA